AAGAAUAAUCUCUUCACGUCUCUCCUCCCACGUACCAGUAUAAAGCAUAAGCAUGUAGGAAAGACCCCUCCCUAGAAACUUGGGAUCAAAAUCUACGCUCCUUCCGCAUCACCGUUGAAAUUUAUAAAACCUCUCAUAUUUUGCAGGUCAGGUGAAAUCCAAUGGACGAGAAUAACCCGCCUCGGGCGUCACGUAACCACCACGGGAGUUCGUCGUCGUCGUCAUCAACGUCCGGGUCGUCCGACCAUCGCGGAGAAUGUCACACGUCAUCCACGGGAUCCACCACGACACCAGCGCGGAAGAGCCGGUACGGGUACGCCGUCGACGACGGCGCGGGGGACCGGAUCGAGUGCACGGGGAGGUUCUGCAAGUCGUGCAGCGGCGCGUUGAUCGCGGACUGCGUGGCGCUCUGCUGCUGCCCCUGCGCGCUGGUGAACUUUUUGACCCUGGCGUUCGUAAAAGUGCCCUGGAUGGUGGGGAGGAAGUGUUUGGGAUUGGGGAAAAAGAAGGGGCAAAAGCGGGAAAAGAGGAGGAAAUGCAAGGGGGGGAGGAGUAGUAAACGUGGGAUCGAGUGGGUGGUGGAGAGAGGGGAGGAGGAGGGAAAAGUUCCCGAGAUUUCAUGGCGGGGUGGGGAUGGCGAGGAGGAAAUGGAGUGCGACGGUGCCAGGCAGGAGGCGGAGAGGAUGUGGUUAGAAUUGUACCAGAUUGGACAUCUGGGGUUCGGGAGAGUUUCCUUUACUGGUAUUCAAUCUCUGGGAAAUAAGGGGCAAUUAGGGAAUGUAAAUUAAUUGUAUACAAUUAAUUGUUUGUGUAAUUUAAUUUAAUUUGUAUACACUUGGGGUUAGUGCAGUUCAAUUUGCCUUCUGUUUUAUUGUUUAUACUGUAUACGGAGCAGAAGCGAUUCACGCAGACUCAUUUUCUUCUUGUAUAACGGUAGAAAGUUUAAUAUGCAAAUUUACGAAAAUAUCGAUGAUGUUUGCGGUUAAAUUUA